UCCCUUGGUCAGUGGAACCAUCUGGUUUCCUGUCACUGGCCAACAUAGAUAGAGUCUAGCCUUCACUGUAGCAACCAAUUUCUCCCUUGCAAACAGGCAUCAUGGUUCAGGGGCGGACUGACCAUUUGGAAACUUGGGCACUGCCCGAGGGCCCGGGGUCAGUAGGGGGCCCCAUGAGAUGCCCCUGGUACCUUUUUCAUAGGCUUUUUUUUUGAGUUUGGGCAAGGACAAAAGGGCCCCAUGAUACCCUAUUGCCCGGGGGCCCCAUAA